AUGAGCUCUUACUUUGUAAACUCGUUCUCAGGGCGCUACCCAAAUGGCCCCGACUAUCAGUUACUAAAUUAUGGGACCAGCAGUUCCAUGAACGGUUCUUACAGAGAUUCAAGCACCAUGCAUUCCAGCUCUUAUGGCUACAACUACAAUGGGAUGGACCUUAGCAUCAACCGCUCAGCCUCCUCUAGUCACUUUGGGGCUGUCGGAGAGAGCUCCCGUGGUUUCCCUUCUCCAGCUCAGGAGAGCAGGUUUAGACAGGCGUCUAGCUGCUCCUUAUCUUCUCCCGACUCCCUACCCUGCUCCAACAGCGAAAGCCAUGGAGGCAAACCCACCCCGUCCCCUUCUGACCAAGCUACUUCUGCCAGCACCACCAACACAAAUUUCACAGAACUAGACGAGACCAGCGCGUCCUCGGGAGCCGACGAGGGCACUCCAAUAAGCAGCAGCAUCCCCCGAGCGCAGGCAGAACCCAUCGCGACCUCCACGGCAGCAACAGAAGGGCAGGCACCUCAGAUAUUCCCUUGGAUGAGGAAACUUCACAUUAGCCAUGACAUGACUGGACCAGACGGUAAGAGGGCGAGGACAGCAUACACUCGCUACCAGACCCUGGAGUUGGAAAAGGAAUUCCACUUCAAUAGAUAUCUCACCCGCAGGAGGAGAAUAGAGAUCGCUCACGCUCUCUGCCUCUCCGAACGCCAGAUCAAAAUCUGGUUCCAGAACCGGAGGAUGAAAUGGAAGAAGGAUAACAAACUGAAAAGCAUGAGCUUAGCCUCGGCGGGCAGCGCCUUUCAGCCAUAAAUUAUAUUAAAAAUAAAUAAAUAAAUAC